CCAACUUGGGCAUCGCAUAUCUCGACAAUAGUCAACGUGGGGCUCCUCAUGUCUCAAUUUCCAAUUUUCCCAAACUUUAUAUUGGGUCGAUGGUCAUGUUCCAAUUCCCAAAGUGUCCAAUUUCAAAUUGGGACAAUAGUCAACUAUGGUACCGCAUGUUCCAAUUUCCAAUUUUAAAUUGGGACAAUAGUCAAAUUGGGACACCGCAAUGCGGAAGUCUUAGCAAUAAGACUAGUAUGCUUCCUGAUGCAGCUGUCAUCUACCUCGUAAAAUACUGCAAACUUGGAGUUGCUUUUCUAAUAUUUCCGUAUAGAAUUUUUCGUCCAAUAUACGCCAAAAUACAAAAGACUGGAGGUACCUUUAUACAAAGCCACCCAGGCGAAUAUUUUACUACGGUUAAAAAAUCACCUACUCAAAACAUGGAUGUUAAUUCGGAUUUUGGAAAUUGCUUUAAUUGUGGAAACGAACAAAGUAAUGCAAGAUGGUGCAAAG